UUAAUGCACGCCCUUCGUUUCUCUGAGUUACCGUAUCGGACAAUACGCGUUCACGCGCUUUUACGCAGGGCUUCCGAGAGCAUCCGAGCGCACAGGACCGGUUAUCAAGUAUGGGUCUCCGGUACACCCACAUCAUCCCUGCGGCGGUGCUGCUGAUACUGUCCGUAGUCGGGAUCCUGCUGGUGGUCCUUCCGGCUACAAAGGUGGCGACGCCUCCCGAAAACAUGUAUGGAAUUGUUCUGGAUGCAGGCUCAUCACACACCUCCAUGUACAUCUACAAAUGGCCAGCAGACAAGCUAAAUGACACGGGUAUUGUUACCCAGCACAGCGAGUGUCAUGUAAAAGGCGGAGGGAUAUCCAGCUAUGCAGGUGUUCGUGGUGGUGCAGCAAGAAGUCUGACGGAGUGUCUGGAGCAAGCUGUGAAGGACAUCCCCAAGUCCAGACACCACCAGGCCCCACUAUAUCUGGGAGCCACUGCAGGCAUGAGGCUCUUGGAAAUGGUCAAUGCCACGGAGACAGAUCGGAUACUGAAGGAAGUGAAAAGCAAACUGCGGUCUUACCCUUUCGAGUUCAGAGACGCAGCCAUCCUGAGCGGACAGCAGGAAGGGGCAUAUGGCUGGGUCACUGUCAAUUACUUACUUGAAAACUUUGCCAAGUAUGGUUUUGUCGGGCACUGGCUGAAUCCAGGCAGAGACACAACCGGAGCUUUGGAUUUAGGCGGCGCUUCCACUCAGAUUACUUUUGAGACCUCGGAAAAGGUGGAGAACAGUGCUAACAUGAUGGAGCUGAAGCUUUAUGGACAAACUCACAAACUAUACACCCACAGCUUCCUAUGCUAUGGCCAAGACCAGGUCCUGAGGAAACUGAUGGCUCAUCUUAUCAAGACUCAAGGUGUGAAGCCCGAAGUGUCCCACCCCUGCUAUCCACGACAAUUCAAGAUUUCUGUGGAGCUGGGGAAGGACAUCUUUGAUUCUCCGUGUACUAAGAGCUACAGACCAGCCAAGUUUGACCCCCACAUGUCUGUAACACUAGUGGGCACAGGAGAUUACCAGAACUGCCUGGACAAUGUAAAAAACAUGUUCUCCUUCGACAACUGCUCUUUCUCCAAGUGCUCCUUUGAUGGAGUCUUCCAGCCCAGAGUGAGAGGAAGCUUCAUGGCUUUUUCCGCCUUCUUCUUCACUCACAGAUACAUCAAAAGCCUCACCAACAUCACCGUUACGGUCCCCAGUCAAAUGGAGACAGCAAUCCAACUUGUCUGCAACAUGACCAUCUCUGAGAUGACUAAAAAGACAAACCAGUCAGAGAAAUACAUGAAGAACGUCUGCGCCGUCUCCAAUUUCAUCCAGGUCCUCUUAACGCAGGGCUACAAAUUCGACAAGCUCUCCCUUCCCUCCAUCUCUUUCCAGAAAAAGGCAGGAGGAGCGUCUGUCGGCUGGGCUUUGGGAUACAUGCUGCACCUGAGCAACAUGGUACCAGCAGAGAGCUUCGGACUGAUGACGGCUCUGCCCUCAGGGCCCUGGAUUGGCAUCCUCCUCCUCUUCGUCAUCCUCCUCCUCAGCGCAGUGCUAUACUUACUGGUAAUUGUCAGAAACAUGAGAACUAAGGAAGGAAUGGUGUAAGAGCAAAGGUGAUACACCCCUCAAUCCGGUUAAUGUUCCUCUCAGAGUAUAUGUAUAUCCUGCCAAAACUUUCAAUCUCAUUUGAAAAGAAAACUGCUGCAACAUUUUAGAUUUUUUUUUUUUUUUUUGCAUGUGUAUGCAAGUGAAACUGUCAGUGAUAAAGUAAUAAUAAACAUGUCCUACACAAAGUUUGUAGAUUUUUGCAAAUAUACAUACUUCCUGCUUGCUUGCUGAGACUCACGUCAGUGUGAGUAAAAUCAAACUAAAGACUAAUCAGUUCCAGAUUCAUUAUGUAAUACCACUCCCACCAACGAAGACCAGAUUAUGAAAUAACUUUCUAUGUUUUCUCCUUGUGACAGAAACAGCUCACAUGUGCUUCAGAGAGAUAACCAAGGCAAUGUCAGCAGACACAAAUUUCUACAACUUAUGAAAGAUAAAAUAAUAAACCUCACAUCAUUUACAUAGUAUUAUCUGAAUUAUCUGGUCUAAAUUGGGGCAGAUUCAUGUUUCUGGGCUUUCACUUUGAAAUCUCAACCGUUUUUCUUGGGGAUGGCUGAGACAAGAGGUUCUAUAGGCUCUUUGCUCUUUGGCUGUAUGUGUCUGUAUGUUCGUUCUUUGGAGGCAAAUUGCGUUAUAGGUCACCAGUAAAAACAAUGAAUACACAGUCUCCGGAUUCCUUAAAUCACUUUAAU